ACGCAGCUGUACCAAGAAUUAACGAAGUGUUCUAGUUAUGUCUUUUGAAAUUAACUGGGAGGCAUUGACUUCUGACAGCUCCCUUAAUGAUAACUUGAAAAACUUUCUAGAUGAGCAAUUCAACUCUAUCACUCUUCCUUCGUUUAUUGAUAAGUUAUGUGUAUCUGACUUUUCCAUGGGGUCAGCUCCACCAGAGAUAACCAUAAGACAUAUUGGCACUCCGUUUGAAGAGUUUUAUACUGAGUCAAUUUCUGAUGACGAGUGUCGACGAGAGCCUGUCACUAAGACUGGUCUGCUGGAUGAAAGUAACGAAUCAUCAUCGAGUGAAGAUGAUGACGACGACUCAAGACAUGCGCAGAUAAAAGCUGGCACUAACAAUUCAAUGAAUGAUUUUGAAUUUUCAUAUAAUGACACAGAUGGUUCAAUGAGAGGCCAAGAGACAUCCAAAAGGUUACAUAAUUACAGCAUGAACAAUUUGGGAUUGGGCCCUCAAGAAAGAGAAACACCAACUACCUUUUUCAAACCCAGUGCUCUCAAUAUUUCUUCACAUUCUAGUUCAAAAAGCGAAACUAAUGUAGAUACAUCUAAUGAUAUUCAAUUUGUAUUAGAAAUUGAUUAUCGUGGCGACAUCAUGAUUGAGAUCUCAGUUAAUUUGUUGGUAAACUACCCGUCAGCCCAGUUUAUUACACUUCCAAUUAAAUUGAAAAUAACUGAUUUGGAGAUCCAUAGUUUGGCUGCACUUGCUUAUAUCAAUAAGAAUGUCUUUGUCUCGUUUUUGUGUGAUCUACAUACAGCAAAAGCAGAUUAUUUUUCGAUACCUAACGAUCAGAGGUACAACGCAGUCAAUGGUGCAAGAGCCUCUGGAAUUUCAUUUCAGGAAGGCAAUUUUGUAGAUUAUGCUGCUGCAAACAAUAAAGAAAGAAUAGAUGUUAUCCGCAACGUGAAGAUCGAUACAGAAAUUGGUGAAAACGAACAUAAUGUACUCAGAAAUGUUGGGAAGGUUGAAAAAUUUCUCGUCGAGCAGUUGAGAAACAUUAUUCGAGAUGAAGUUUGCUGGCCUAGCUGGGUGUGCUUUGGCUUAAACGAAGAAGAAUAAGGAUUUCGAGUAAGGGCAAUUUCAUUUUACAUGACAUCUAGAUCUGGCGGUGAUUUUCUGUUUCUUAAGAUACAUACAUAUGUUUGUCCUUCAAAAAAAAAAAGACAUGUUAGAUCAAAUGAUUAAUCAACUCGCUCUUUGUUUGUAGAUUUAUUAGAGGC